UCGCCUUUCGAACCGUCUCAGUUGUCGGUGAGGCCGGCGGGGCGGAUCCCACACUAGAGUGAAAGAGAAAAUAAAGCAACACAACAAUAAUAACAACUUGGCCGUAUCCUACAUUUCGCUACAAACCUCCCCUGUGGAUAUAAAACAUUAAGAUGCCCUCAGCGAUGAAUGCAAAUAGGACAGUGCAGUCUGCCAGCCCAGAUGUGGGAUCCGCUCCAGGGUUAAUGGGCAAUUUUGCAUUCGGUGGACAGUCUGAUGUUUUGAAGCAAGUGCUAUGUGUUAUUGACAAGAAAGUUCGCAACAUGGAGAAGAAAAAGAGCAAACUGGAUGAUUAUCAAGUUAGGAAGGACAAAGGGGAGCGUCUCAAUCAGGACCAGCUGGAGGCCCUGUCUAAAUACCAGGAAGUGAUGAAUAACUUGGAAUUUGCCCGAGAGUUGCAGAAGACGUUUAUUGCACUGGGACAAGAUAUCCAGAAGGCGGUGAAGAAGACAGUGCGGCGGGAGCAGCUGCAGCGAGACGAGGCGGAGCAGAGAAGGCUGAAGACGGUUCUGGAGCUGCAGUUCCUUUUGGACCGACUGGGAGAUGACGCUGUGCGGCAGGACCUGAAACAGGGACUUGGAGGCUCGCCGCUGCUCACAGACGCAGACCUCACAGCUCUAGAUGAGUUCUACAAAUUAGUGGGGCCAGAACGUGACCAAAACAUCAGAUUGGUUGACCAGUAUGAAGAAGCAUCUAUACACCUCUGGGACCUGCUGGAAGGGAGGGACAAGGCUGUGGUUGGAACAACAUACAAGGCACUGAAAGAGACUUUGGACCAGGUUCUGCUGAGCGGGUACUUUGACCGGGUUCCGUCUCACCAAAACGGAGUGUGUGAGGAGGAGGAGGAGGAAGAGCCAGUGGCGGCAGCAGCAGCAGCAGCAGUAGCUGAAUCGUCAGAGGCAGAAGAGCAGACAGUUGAUCCAGAAACUGAAAUAAUCGAGGAGUUCACAGAACCCAUUUCAGUGGAAACGACAGAAUUUGUAAACAGACAGUUCAUUCCAGACGGCACAUACAGCAGUAGUGAGAAGGAACAAGGGGAUGAGUGGACCACGGAAACAGAGGCUGUUAGUGCAAUGCAGCAGCAGCCUCUGCAGCCCACCCCUCCCCCAGUUCCCCUGGAGACCCAUCCCCUGAAUUUAGCGUCUCCUGCACCGCCUACUGACCCCAUGGUCCGAAAGCAGGUUGUGCAGGACUUGAUGGCACAGAUGCAGGGAACAUAUAACUUCAUGCAGGACUCUAUGUUGGAGUUCGAUGGACAGCCCAUUGACCCUGCCAUUGUAUCAGCCCAGCCGAUGAAACCCGCACAGAACAUGGACUUGCCACAGAUGGUGUGUCCUCCUGUUCAUCCAGAAUCCCGGCUAUCGCAACCCAACACUGUUCCUGUUCAGCCUGAGCCCACACAAGUCCCCAUCGUGUCCCCAACGCCACCCCCCAUGUAUCAGACCUCACACACGCCAGAUCCCCGGCCCUCAACAGAAUCCAUCGACCCCAUCCAGACCUCGAUGUCCUUGUCGUCAGAGCAGCCUCCGCCCUCCACAACUCUACCCCCUGCCUCUCAGACACAGGUUUUCCAGCCCGUUACCAAAUCUCCUCACAGCAGCGGUAUCAAUGUCAACGCAGCACCAUUCCAGUCAAUGCAGACAGUGUUCAACCUCAAUGCCCCAGUCCCUCCAGCUAAUGAGACAGAGGCUUUAAACCAGGCCAACCAAUACCAGAACAGCUACAACCAGGCCUUCAGCAGCCAGACGCAACAUCCUGUGGAGCAGACAGAGAUGCAGUCAGAACAACUGCAGUCUGUAGUCGGUGCCUUCCAUUCCCAAGACCAGUCAGGAGGCCAUCAGCAGCCUUCCCAGCAGGGUCCGGGUUUUGGCAGACAGGCUCAGUCAUUCUACAACAGCAGAGGGAUGUCUCGUGGUGGGCCACGCAAUGCUAGAGGCAUGAUCAACGGCUACAGAGGCGCAUCAAACGGAUUCAGAGGUGGCUAUGAUGGUUAUCGUCCUCCUUUCGCCAACACUCCAAACUCUGGUUAUGGACAGACUCAGUUCAACACACCUCGGGACUACUCCAAUGGGAAUUACCAGAGGGACGGUUACCAACAGAACUACAAACGAGGAGCUGGCCAGGGACCCAGAGGAGUUUCAAGAGGCAGCACUCAGGCAAUGCGCUCCUGAAAAGGCCUUUUCAUAAUGACUGUGACUGAUUUAACUUGCACCACACUGAAAAUUCAAAAUUCAUGAAUGCAUUUUCCCCAGCUCACUCAUCUUCUCUUAAGUUUGUUCUUGAUCAGUGGUAUUUUCCUGUCUCUUUAGUCAAAGUAAUACGUACUUUGAUUUUUCAAAAAUAUUGAAUCAUUUAAAGUCUGAACACAAGUGACGCUGUAAAUCCAAUCACUGAUUUACACAAGCCAUGUGUUAAAAUGUUCCUGUAAACUUGAAAGAUUUCAUAAGUUAUUUUUUGUAUAAAAAUGCACCUGCCACUGCUGGUCCAAACCAAGGGAGUUUAUCCCCCUCCUCAGUUCUUUUCUGUCAUUUUGGUUCUAAAAAAAGCGUUUUAUGUUCAAUGAGCUCCCCUAUCCUUGUUUGUAAAUUGAUGUUGCUUCAAGAGUUUCAAUAAAGAUGUGUUGCAUACCCA